AUGAUCCGAUGGCUUAACAAAAUAUCUUCGCCGCUUUCGGCUGAUUCGAGUCCGAAAAAUUCGGCCAGAAAUGAAUUGUUUGGUGGCUCAGGUGAGUAUUUUAGGGGUUUUUUUUCUGAAUUUUGAAAUUUUCGGAUAAAAAUCCUGAAAAUUGGAAUUAUGAAAAAUUAUUAAAAUUGCUCAGUAAGAAGUUUUAAAAAUAAUAAUUCAAAAAUAAUUUCAGCCCGUGCAAAAUGGUCUUCAGCCUAUGCAUCUGAUCCAACAGAAUGGGAACGGAUUUUCGAGGACAAAAAUCGAAUUGUUGAUGAGAUUUUGGAGAAAAAGUUGUCGAAUGUGGAACAUGAUGUAAAUUAUGAUGAGGUAAAUUUUUUUUGAAUAUAUAAAAUUUUCGAAAAAAAUUUCCAGAUGAUGGUUCUUCUCGAAAAUAUCACAAAUAUGUGCACUCUUCUAAUGUUGGAAGUCAAUUCUCAACCAGAACCAUCAAUUGGCCCAAUUUUAGAUCGAUUUUUCACCGAACAAAUAUUGGAGCGAGUUAUUGAUUGGGCAAUUCAAUUACCACCUUUGCUAAAACCAACUUGUCAAUUAUCGCUGGUUCGAAUUUAUGAGAAUAUUGUUUCGGAAUCACAUUCACAGAAUCAUUGUGUUUUGGUGCAUAAACCGAUUUUGAAUCCAUUGUUGAGGUUGUGUGAAUGGUAAGUAAGAUUUUUGAUAAUUAAAAAUCUAUCGAGGAUUUUUUAAGUACCUAGUUUUUCUUUGGGAAAAUAUCUAACUUUUAUUUAAUUGUAUUUAUAUUUGAAAUAACAUUACAUUCAAAAAAUCGGAAAGAUUACUGUAGUCUAAACUAUCGUACCCUCUUCCCCGUCUCCAAUGUUCCCCUAAAACUCCGGAUAAUUCAGGUCCCGCCGCGUUGAUACCUAUUGGCACCUGAUCAACGCCGAAGUCAAACGCAGUGAACCAUCAAUAACCGACAAACAUUUCGUCCUUCUCCUCAAUCAAAUUUGCACAAAACUUGCCGAAGAUCGAACACUUCUUCACUUUUUUUUCACUUGCUCAAAUGGCUCAGAACAAUUUAUUGUAUUCACUCAACUUAUCACUUUUUUGUAUGAACAGGUAAAUUUAUCUUUUUGAUCUAUUUUUUAACCGAAAUAGAUUUAUCCAAGAUUUUUUCUACUAAGUUUCUCAAGUUUAUUCCAAAUUUGUUUUUCCUUCAGUUUUAAUUUUUCUGAAAACAAUCCUGUGAAAAUAAUUCGGGAGAAACAGCUAGUAACAUGGAUAUUUUCAGAGUGAUAUUGGUCAACUUGCCCGGGAUGCUUUAUUGCUCAUAUUAUCAGUUUCCGCUGAACACGAACAAAUUGCCACGUUUGUUGCGAAUAAAGUAAGAUUUUUUAGUUUUUAGAAAAAAAAAUGUUAUAUAAAAAAUAUCGAGAAAGAAUUUUUCCUCGACAAAAAUAAUUUAUCAAAAAAAAAUUCAAAUAUUUUUCGACGUCACGUCAAAAAUCCAUUUCCCUCUCAUUUUUCAAAUAUUUUAAUUAGGAAAUGGCCAAAUUUCAGAAAACAUGAGUUUGUCGAGUUUUCAGAAUACAUAAAAAAAAUUUCCUAUCCAAAAUUGCUAACUAAUUUUUCAAUUCCAGACCGCAUUUUGCCCAGUUGUUGCCACUGGUCUUUCUGGAUGUUUUUCUCAACUUCCUCGAUCAAUUUUAGGAGAUGGUGGUGAAAGAUUUGUUGAAGACGAUUAUUCAGAUGCACUUUCCGAUUUUCAUGCUUCGAUUUUGUUUUGCAAUGCUGUCGCUCAAUCUGCUCAUAAAGAUGUUUGUUUUUUUUUGGGAAAUUUGGGGAUAUAAAAUUGAUUACUAUGAGUAAUCCUAAAAUAUUCGAACAUUUUUGUGACUCUAAAACUCUUAAGAUGAGCAAUUUCUCAAAAAUCCCGAAAUUCUGAAAAAAAAAUUUCGUUUUAUUCGAUAGUUUUAAAAUGAGCAAUCAUUAUAUUUGUUCUCAAAUUUACAGGUUGUCAAACAAAUUUCGGCAUUUUUCUACACGGGAUUUCUAAUAAAUGUGGUCAAACCUGCACUUCUUCAAGAUGAUCGACAAUAUAUUGCAGCAAGUUUAGCCUAUUUACAAUUAUGUAUCGAAACAAUUACGGAACCGAUGUUAUUGAGAUCAAUUAUUCGAAUGUUAUUAACUGAAAGAGAUGAGAAUUCAGCAUUGUUGUUUGAGAGAAUUUUGAGUUAUACGAAAAGUGGAGAUAAGGUUGGAAGGGAACAUUUUGUGGUAUUAAAGUUGAAUUCAAAAAAAUUUUAGAUGAAAUUGGGGCCGAAUUGAAAAAUUGAAACUUCUCAAUUUACCUAAAUUUCAAACGUGAUAUAAAAAUCCUUUCAAAACCACCUAUCCUUAUUUUUCCAGGCCUCAGUCGUCGCAAUUUCUCUUCUCGAUACUCUUAUGAAAUUGUGUUGCGAAGAUAUAAUGCUCGCAAUGAUAUUCCGUCCACUUCUCACAAAUCAUCUCGCCAACAAAAAACAGUUAGCCAAAGUUCAAAAUCGUCUUCGUUGUCAAGAAUUAUCGCAAAAAUAUUUGGAUUGUAUACCAAAAUGUAUGGAAAAUUAUAAAGAAGUUGUAUCAGAGUCGAAUUUAUCGGGAUAUAUGAGAGAAACUAGGUUGAGGAUGGAUGCGAGAGCGGAACAAUGUAAUAAAAAUUGGAGAUGGAAAUAUGAUGGAGUUGUUGCUGAUAGUUUUUGUCUUCCUUCAGAAUCAGAUGAUGAUGCAACUUGUCAUGUUUCAUUUUCGAGAUUAUCUUCGAGUCGAUCUUCGAUGUCAACAGCCGCUUUUGGAUUGAAUCGAUAUUUGAACAGUAAGAAUUCGCAUCUAACACAUGAAUUUAACAUUGGUGAGGAGAUUUUUUGUUGAAAAAAAAUUUUGCAAUUAGAAAAAUGGGAGAUUUUUGCAGAUAAAGUUUGUGGUCUUGGUGAAAAUCAAAAUUCGGAUCAAGAUGAUUAUAAAAGUGAUAAUGAUAAUGAGAGGAAUUUUGAGAAUGAAGAAGAAGAAGAAAUUGAAGAAGAUAACCAUUUUGUGCUUCCACCGAUUGAGUUUGUUUUUUUUUUUAGAAAAAUAAGAUUUUGAUAAAAUUUUUCAGGAAUUUAAUAAAAUUGGGAAAAUCGAAAAUUAGAGUGAAAUUUAUUUGAAACAUUUUUGAUUUAAAAAUAUGCCCAGAAAUCCGAAUUUAUUUUCAAUCCAAAAAAUUAUCCGCUUUCUUCUUUUUCAAAAAAUCCAAAAUUUUCAGCGAAAUGACAACGUCAAAAGUCAUGACGUCAUCAUGUAUCGAUUAUCUUCACAUCUCUGGAUUGGACGAUUUUUCCGAAUCUGAUGAUUCUGCUCCAAUUUUAUCCAAAAGAAGUACAGAAAGUGAAAAUGAAUCAAAUAUUCCACCUCAAAAUUCAUUUGUUUUAUCUGGUUGGCAGGAAAUCAAAGAUGAAACGACUUUUCGAAGUUUGUUGGAAAAACAAAAAAUUGGCGGAAAAUUGAUGAAUGGCAAAGAUAUUUGUGAUUUUAUUGAGGAGAAAUUGGAAAAAUUAAAUUUGGCCAAGGGUAAAAUUGAGGAAAAAGAAAAUGGAGUGAAAUUGGAGGAAGAAGAAUUGAAGACGACGAAAACUGGAUUUUCAGUUUAUAAUUUUCCAGGUAACAGUUUUACGGGAAUUUUUACGGGUAGAGCAAACAAAAUGCGUAAUUUUUCAGAAAGAUCGUCCCUCUUAAAAUUCCUAUUCGAAAGUGUUGAAAUGUUGUGCGAAAAUAGUUUGAGCUUCAACACGGAGCUGUGCUCAUUGAUUAUCACAAUUGUUUCUUAUCCACAACCAAUUCUUGCAUAUUUUUUGUUGGAUUUGAAAGAGGACAAAUCGGACAAGUGUUUUUUGACGGUGAGAGGAUUUAUAAGUGCCAAAAAAAUCCGAAAAUAAGAUUUUGAAAUAAAAAGUCAAUUCAUAAUUUAAUGUUUUUCCAGAUCCUUCAAAGUGUUCAAACUCGCAUCGAAGUAAUGGCUGAAGGAAUUGAAGGAUUCGAUAAUUGGGUUCAACGAGCUUUGAAAUCGCUAGAAUUGAGAGCUGCUAGAAUUAACAAACAAUCUAAUAAGUUGGUUUUUUCUUAAAGUUUUCAAAUUUUUUAAUGUAAUAAUGUUUCAGAAAAUCACCAACUGAAGAAGAAUCAACAUCUUCAUUAUUUUUUGGACGAGCGUUUGGUGGAUCAAUGAGAAAAGCGGCGAAUUUUAGGUUUGUGUUUUGAAUCGGUUCACAUUGUUCAGAUUAGAAACAUUUUUGGUCACACAUUUUUUUCUUCUCAUGUUUCAACGAAAUGAUCACGUGGUUCAGGUGAUAAAAUUGAAAACGGAAAAAAAGAAAUGAUAAAAGAAUGUUUCAAAGACACAAAAGAGCAUCAUGAGAUUGCUUUUUGGGAAAUUCGAAAGGUCGCGAAAUUUUAACCCAAACUUUAUGGACAACAAAAUGUUAAAAAUCAGUUUAAAAUAAUGAAAAGCAUCGAAUUCUAAUCCUGCUGAAAAUUCCAGAAUGUAAUUUUGGCACGUCAAAUCUCAAAAACUGUUUAAUUGAUUCCAAAUUUUGAACCUAAUUAUUAGUUUGGAAAUCAAUAAUCUGAGUAACCAAGCUCGAUUGGUGAUUAUAAAAAAACGAAAUAUAGGCGGCCCAACCCAAGUUGAAAUUUUUUAUCUGAGAUUCUGAGCUAUCCCAAAAAAUUCAAUUAUCUAAAAAUCCGUAUUCCAGAAUGCACACUCACAAACACAUUGACAAUCUUGAAAAUCAACGCGACGACGCGACUGCAAAACAAACAGCACUCGCAGCGAUUUUUGUCGCGCACCUCUCGCAAACUCUUGCCUCUGUAGUUUUCCAGCAAUCCCUUAUAAUUUGA